AUGGCAGAUAUCAAGAAAUACAGUUCCGAUUUGGACAUGUUCCGGCAGGUAUUCUCCACUCCGCGACGGAGAAAGUUGCUGCGCAAGCUAGAAUAUGAAAUCGAUCUGCCCACCUACAGCACGAACCGUAUACAGUGUCUUGAAAGAAGGAGGGAGAGCAAAGCCAAUAAUGAAACUUUCAAGCGAGGUGUCAUGGACUUAUUUGAUGAGAUGUCCUCGUGGAAGACACAGGGCGUGGACUUGGCACUUACUGCAUCCUCGCCUAUGGAUUGUCAUCGGCGAUCACCGGAGCUUGACCGUGGGUUGGCUGACAAGCGAUGGUGCUUUGAAGAUAACUACCUUACUUUGGACAGUGAGGCUUCUCUGCCCCAGUUACCGUUUGUUGAAGGAUUGAAGAUCCCCAAUGCACGACGCUCGCUGCAUCCCUCGGCUAUUGGGAAGAUUAUCUCGUCGUUACCCAAUCUGGAACGGUUGGCUAUGGAGUUAAAUGCACCCAAGGCUAAACGUGUGGAAAUGCAGAGUGAACAUCGAGCGUCCCUUGCAAGUGCACUGAAGUCACCCCCGCUAAGUAACUUGCGGGCAUUGGAUAUCUACAUCGAGCAAGACAUCCUAUACAACCACAACUUCAAGAACCAGCCUACCGACCCUCAAUUUCCAGAUGGAGAUGUCUUAAAUAUCGCCAUUCGGAAAUUAGCCGAAGACACCCAUCUAACAACCCUGAAUCUCACAGGAUGGUGGCUGGUCUCGCCUGCGCUCUUCAACACCGACAAAACAUUCCCAUAUCUGAAAAAAGUGCAGAUCCAAGGAGCGCUCAUCACAUAUGAUGGCCGAUGGUAUUAUAAUGGCAACCCUGCAGAUGUCGAAGCGGGCUAUGAAUCCACUCGGUCUGAUGAUGAGGAUGGAACCGACUCCGACACCAACUCUUCCUUUAAUUCGGAGUUCCAGGACUACCUGCCCGAACGCAGAGAGGCGCUUCUGAAUGGUCGAAGCCCCUGCCAUAUGUGGAGGACGCAACCUGAUCCGCAGAUGUUCGAUCCUCUCAUGCAGACCAUGGCUACUGCGAUACUCCGCAUGCCUCGACUGCGGACUUUCUCCUUCUCGAUUGGGUGGAGUUAUAUGGAUGAACAUGCAAUUUUAUUUGAAUACUUGACGCCUGGAGAGAGGCCCGACUCUUUCAAUUAUCGACCACACGAAUUGGACAUGACCCGGUGCUACGUGACACUCAUGCGGGAGGCGAGGUGGGAGGUUCCAGGUGAUGUUGCGACUCUAUGGAAGGAGGCUGUGGGGGAUAAAGGUAUCGUUGCUGUUGAAUCUGACUGGUAA